UAGGCCAGCAUGGCCCUUGUGAAAACAAGCCUCAGGACCCAAUGCUGACAUCAGCUUGGAGUGUGUUCAGUGUUUUGGAAAGAGUGGCGCUUUACUCUUAACUUUCGUUUGCCCCGAGUAAAAGAUACAGGAGCCACCCCAGAUUCCUUUACAUGGAGUAAAUAAGUAUUGGUGCUGCUGCCUUUGAAAAGAGCCCUCUGCUCUACUGCCAUUAUCCAAGAAGACAGGCAUAGUUGCAUUCUGUUCUAGAACUGUCCACACAUCUCUUUCAAGUGUGGAAAGACACCAGAUGAGACUGCAGGGAUUGUCAUGUGUGGACUUAUACCGAGGUACCCAAGAACCAGUUGGAUCAUGGAUUUUCCAGGGCACUUUGAGCAAAUCUUUCAGCAGUUGAACUAUCAGCGGCUUCAUGGUCAGCUGUGUGACUGUGUCAUUGUGGUGGGGAACCGGCACUUCAAAGCACAUCGCUCAGUCUUGGCAGCAUGCAGCACACACUUCCGUGCUCUUUUCACUGUAGCAGAAGGAGAUCAGACCAUGAACAUGAUCCAGUUGGAUAGUGAAGUAGUGACAGCUGAAGCUUUUGCUGCUCUCAUUGAUAUGAUGUACACUUCCACACUCAUGCUUGGAGAGAGCAAUGUUAUGGAUGUGUUGCUAGCAGCUUCUCACCUCCAUUUGAACUCUGUGGUUAAAGCCUGCAAACACUACCUUACAACAAGGACACUACCAAUGUCUCCACCAAACGAUAGAGUGCAGGAGCAGAAUGCACGCAUGCAACGGUCUUUCAUGCUUCAGCAGCUGGGAUUGAGCAUAGUGAGCUCUGCAUUAACUUCUACCCAAAGCACAGAAGAACAGGCAAAUUCUAUGAGCUCAUCAAUCAGAAGUAACAUAGAGCAACGGAGUGCUUUUCCGAUCAGACGUCUCCAUAAACGUAAGCAGACUUCUGAAGAAAGAGCGAGACAACGCAUUAGGGCCCCCAUAGAUGAUUCUAUCAUGUCAGAUGUUACUCCAGAGAGCGCACAGACUGUGGUUCAUUCACGAGAUGAAUUUUUUUCCCCAGACUCGCUGAAAAUUGUAGACAAUUCUAAACCCGAUGGUGUAACUGACAACCAGGAAGAUAAUACUAUUAUGUUUGACCAGUCUUUUGGUUCCCAAGAAGAUGCACAAGUGCCAAGCCAGUCAGACAACAGUGGGGGAAAUAUUUCUCAAAUGUCUAUGGCAUCACAGGGAACUCAAGUGGAAACUAGCUUUGAUCAGGAAACAGCUUCCCAAAAAAAUAACUUUCAAUGUGAGAAUCCUGAGGUUGGACUAAAUGAAAAAGAACACAUGAGGGUAGUGGUGAAAUCUGAGCCUUUGAGUUCUCCAGAACCCCAGGAUGAAGUGAGUGAUGUGACUUCCCAAGCAGAGGGAAGUGAGUCUGUUGAAGUGGAAGGAGGAGGACCAAGUGCUGAAAAGAUAGAACUGAGCCCCGAGAGUAGCGACCGUAGCUUCUCUGACCCACAGUCUAGUACCGACAGGGUGGGAGAUAUCCAUAUGAUGGAAGUAGCAAAUAACCUGGAACACAAAUCUACCUUCAGUAUUUCAAAUUUUCUGAAUAAGAGCAGAGCCAGCAGUUUUGGUGCUGGCCCGAAUAAUGAGGACAACAUUCCAAAUACAACCAGUGACUGUAGAAUGGAUAGUGAUGCCUCUUAUUUAAUUAGCCAAGAAUCUGGGCCUGCUAAUGGUCAUUCCUCUGCCACUGUCUCUCAUGUAGAGAAUCCGUUCAACGAGAGUGCAGACUCCCAUUUUGUCAGGCCUAUGCAGGAUGUAAUGGGUCUUCCUUGUGUACAGACUUCCGGCUACCGAGCAGCAGAGCAGUUUGGAAUGGACUUCCCAAGAUCUGGCUUGGGGUUGCAUUCUUUAUCGAGGGCAGUCAUGAACUCGAGAGGCGGUGCCACCACCUUUCCUGGGUAUCGCCGCAUAGCUCCCAAAAUGCCUGUAGUGACCUCUGUUCGGAGCUCUCAGAUUCCGGACAAUGCUCAGAAUUCUCAGCUGCUGAUGAACGGAGCCACUUCCUCUUUUGAAAAUGGGCAUUCUUCCCAACCUGGCCCACCGCAGCUGACCAGAGCAUCUGCUGAUGUUCUUUCAAAAUGUAAGAAAGCCUUAUCUGAACAUAACGUCUUGGUAGUAGAAGGUGCCCGCAAGUAUGCCUGCAAAAUCUGCUGCAAGACUUUUCUGACUUUAACAGACUGCAAGAAGCACAUCCGUGUUCAUACAGGCGAGAAGCCGUAUGCCUGUUUAAAGUGUGGCAAGAGGUUUAGUCAGUCAAGCCAUUUGUAUAAACAUUCCAAAACUACUUGCCUACGCUGGCAAAGCAGCAAUCUACCCAGCACUUUGCUCUAACUCUCUUCCUCAGUUCCAUGAUGCCAAUACAGAUUUUUAAUAAUCCAUGGAACACAAGAGGCGAACAUUUGCAGUGUGAUUGUGCCACACACGCAAAUAAAAA